CCCUGGCUGUGAGUUGGCCAAGGUCUGGCUUGAGGGGGCAGAAUGGAUAAGAGGAAGAAAUUUUUUGAAACAUGGAAAGAUCAAUUUGGCAUUGUCUCGACAUCGGUUUGUUCAUUGAUUUUGAUAGCGCUUGAAAAAAUCAUGGAGGUGGAAUUUAAAUGUCCCGCAAAGAAGAACUGGAGGGUCUAUUACAGUCUCUCCUAUUUUCUUAUUCCAGCUGUGGUUUUGUUUCUGCUGACUGUGAUUUUCCUGCCUAUUGUGGGCCAAAAACGUGACCCAAGCUGCUCUUUGCUUAAAGCUCUUGUUCCCUCGCUGAUAUGGAUGACCCUUCUUCUCCUGGAUGGACGAUACUUCUCUUGCCCUUGUGAAAUUUUUCGAAAUGAAAGCAUCACGGCCACCAGUGUGGACCAGCCCACCGAGUGUUACAUAAUAUCGCAGAUUUCUGGACUCGUCUUCAUUUUCGUGGUCGGCGUGAUCUUUUUCAUACAGAAGAAAUGGCUGGCUCCGUACUGCACUGACGAAGAUGAAAGCAACAAGGCCCAAGGAGACACUGAAAUGGGGGUUCCUCUGAGCACAAAGCAGAAAUGCGUGCAGGCAGUGGUGACGGACGUCUUGGAACCUCGUCUCUCAGAGUGUGUGGAUAAAGUCUGGGCCGUUAUGCAGGCCGAGGGCAAUCGAAGUCCUAAAUAGAGGGGCCAGAUAGCAAGUGUGAAAAAUUGUGACGGCGUGUGUGUAUGUAAUAGAGUUCUACAGCCCUUUAUAGCGGGACAUUUUGCACUCUUAUUUUGACCAAAAAGCUGAGCUCAGCACCCUCGCUAUGGGAACAUAAUGGCUACGUCUAGACUGGCAUGAUUUUGCGGAAAUGC